AGGUGGCCUGGAAGCACAACGUCGUGCGGAGGCAGUGGGCCGAGACCUGCGUGGUGAAGCUCCGCAAGAUCGACCCGGGGACGUUUUUCGGGAAGGGCAAGGUGGAGGAGCUGGCGAUCCACGUGGCCAACAAUCCCUGCGACUACGUCUUCAUCAACACGACGCUCACCCCGACGCAGAGCCAAAACCUGGAGGUGGUGUUCUGCAACGCCGUCGCGGCCGCGGACGCCAGGAAGCGCCGGGAGGAGGAGCGCCACCCGCGCGGCAAGCGCCAGCCAGAGUGCCAGGUCAUCGACCGGAACCGCCUCGUCUUGGAGAUCUUCAACUUCCGGGCCGAGUCGUCGCAGGCGAAGAUCCAGGCGGGCAUGGCGCGCCUGCAGUACCUUAAGACGCGGCUCACCUGCGGGACCAAGGCGAGGCUGCGUCAGGUGCUGCAGGUGCUGCAGGAGCAGAUCGGGCCCUACCACGAGGUCACGGGCUUCAAGGGCGGCGUCGAGAUUCAGCGCCACUACGAGACCAGCCCCUUCGAGACGGAGAGGGCGCUGCUGGCGCAGGCCGAACGCAAGCUGAAGCGCGCCACGGAGACGGAGAGGAAACACAAGGAAAUGCAGCGGAAGAAAAGGAAAGGCGUCCCGAUGAUCGGCAUCGUCGGGUACACCAAUGUGGGCAAGACCACGCUGAUGAAUCGGAUCACAGAUGCGGGCCUGGUGGAGCGCGACAUCCUCUUCCAGACGCUGGAUACCACGCUGCGGAGCGUGCGGCUGCCGAGCGGCGCGCACGCCAUCAUCGGCGACAGCAUCGGGUUCAUUCAGCACUUGCCGCACCACAUUAUCACCGCCUUCUCCAGCACGCUGGAGGACAUGGUGCAGUGCGACAUACUGCUGCACGUCAGGGACAUAUCUCACCCGCAGAGGAAGCUGCAGAAGGACGUCGUGCUGCGCACGCUGGAGCAGGCGGGCAUGACCCACCAGCAGAUCGAGGCCAGGGUUGUCGAGGUGUGGAACAAGGUCGACCUCCUCCCGUCGAUGGACUUCGUGCCGCCGAACGCCAUCCCCGUCUCCGCCCUGGACGGCACCGGGGUCCACGAGCUGCUGCGCGUGGUGGACACCGUGGUCGGCGCGCAGGUGGAGCUGCAGCGCAGGACCGUGAGCUUCCCCCGGGAGCGCAUGAGCGAGGCGAUGGCGUUCCUGCACCGGAACGGCUCCGUGGACGAGGGCUCCCUCGCCGUGCAGGAGGGCACCCUGGCAGUGACGGGCGAGGGCGUUGGCGUGGCCUGCGUGUCGGUCGACGCCAUCCUGCCCAAGGCG